AUGGCUUCUUUGCUUUUCCUCGGCAUGGGCCAACUGGUCUCCAAUCAUAAACAAUCUGCAGCCAUGGGCACUUCUGAAAAGUCAUCUAUAUGGCAUUCCCUCUCAUCCGACCGUCGCAAGGAGCGCAAUGAGCGCAGAGCAGGCAGGACCGGAUCAUCGAACCCAUGGCGAGGUCGUACCAAUAACACUAGCACAUCGUAUACACAUACAGUGCCUUCCUCCGAUCUCCCGCCCCCAUACUCCGAAAGGGGGAUCCCAGAGAUCAGAAUCAGCGGACCGGAAGAGCCUGAAUCGGAUUCCCAAUACUCCUUCCUCCGCGACUUCGACACCAUCUUCCUCGUAGACGACAGCUCAAGCAUGCAAGGCCGACUCUGGAAGGAAGCAGAAGAAGCGAUUGCCGCGAUCGCGCCAAUCUGCACCCAGUACGACAGCGAUGGGAUCGACAUCUACUUCCUCAAUCACCGACCAGGUUCCAUCUCUCAUCACCAGUCACACUACGCAUCCAAUCGCAGCCCGCGCCCACCAACCGGCGGUGGCUACCACAAUGUCACGACAGCGCAACGAGUCAACGAGAUCUUCGCAUCCGUGCGGCCACGAGGCGGAACGGCAGUCGGCCACCGACUGCAUGAUAUUCUGGACCCGUACGUGCGGCGGGUGCAAGCGAUGCAUGCGGCCAAGCUAGCACGUGGCGUAUCUCCACCCGACGCCUUCGUCAAGCCGAUUAAUAUCAUCACUAUCACCGACGGGGUGUUCACGGAUGAUGCGGAAGGGGUUCUUAUGAAGACGGCGAAGACGCUCGAUGGGCCUACCUGUGAUGCUCUGCCGUGGCAGGUUGGGAUUCAAUUUUUCCAGAUUGGGAAUGAUGAGGGCGCACGGCAGGAAUUGGAGGGGUUGGAUGAUCAUCUUGGGGCGCGAUGUCAAGAUACGAAUAUGAGGGAUAUCGUUGAUACAGUUUCUUGGAAGAACCGGGCUGGUAAUCGAUUAGAAGGGGAUGGGAUUUUGAAGACUGUGCUUGGGGCUGUGAAUAAGAGGUUGGAUAGGCGCAGGGUCUGA